AUGGAGCAUGCUGAGUCGUCGGACUGGGUCACCGGAUUGGCGGUGUUUUGCGAGGCUUGGUUUCCUGUGGAGGCUCAGCAGGGCCAGUCCAUUCCAGGCUACUGGUUCGGAGCAAGGAAGGCCUCCUAUCGACCGCUCUUUGACAAGCUGAACGCGAGCUGCCUCGAACCAGCACGGCGGCUCGCUGCUGGCCAGCUCCGGCGCAGGUGGCCUCGAUGGGAGCCUUCUGCAUCUGCCAGGAUGAGACUGAAGGCUGCAAUUUUCCUGGACCAAACCUCGCGCAACUAUAAGUCCACACAGCGAGGUGAUGAUGCCUUGCUGAAAGCCAGCCAAGUCAAGGAGCAGUGUGAUGCUGUAGCCCUGCAGAUGGCUUUGUCAGUGCUGGCAGCCGGCGGCGCAGCGAAUGGAGCUUUCUUCCUGCAGUUGGGUUCAGUGCCCGAGCUGUGCUUCUUGUCACUGGUGCUGCGUCACACGCGGGAGCCCUGCUUCAUCCAGCUCGCUGAGGGGAUGUUAGUUUCCGUCGUAGCGGAGCUUCAGCGAUCCGACACUGGCCUUCCAUCCGAGGGGCUCCAGGGGCAUCUGGGACUUUGUUCGCGAUUUCUAGAAGAGACCCGAGAUGCACUGGAGGCCGUGGGUGUGGAGGCCUACUUGCAUCAGGCCUUAGAAACUGACCAGCCGCUGCUGAUCGGCGAGCCGGAGCAGACGCCACGACUCGAGGUACUGGACCAGAGGUGCCAAGCGCAUACUUCAGGCUUGCGCUUCUUGGAUUCGCUACUCCACGACAGUGCGCAUUUCGAGCAGCACCAUCUGGUGGAGGAGCUCAGGAGAAGUCUGCAGGUACUGGGCUUCCUCCAUGAACAGAGCGGAAUCGUUCUGAGCUUAUCUGGCGGGGUGGACAGCAUGGUGACCUGCUGCCUGCUCUGGCUUUUGCGUCGCCGAUUACCUCCAGAGCAGUGUUUCAAAUUUUGUGCGCUGCAUCUCUGCCACCCAAACCGCGACGAUGCCCGUGAUGAAGAGGGCUGGGUGCGGUGGUCAUGCUCUAAGUUGGGAGUCGAGUUGCUCACCUAUAGACUAAAGAUCCGACGGCCCCACGGAACCCUGCGAACCGGAAUCUCUCGCGAGCGCUACGAGGAGAAGUCGAAACAGAUUCGUUUUCGCAUGUAUUCGCGCUGUUUUGAACACCUUGGCGUCCCGUUCGAGAGGGGAGCAACACUGGUAGCACACCAUGAGGAUGAUGCAGACGAGAAUCGGCUGGCUGAGCUGGGAAAGGGCAACAUCAUCCACAUUGAUGGGAUGUUGCCAAGCAGUACGACCCAAGGCGUGACUGUCAUCCGGCCGUUCUUGAAGGUGCGUAAAGCUGAGCUCAUCGGCUUCGCUGAUCUCGCAGCCCUCUGCUACAUGCAGGACUCGACUCCCAAGUGGAGUCGGAGAGGCUGGAUCCGAUAUGUCUUGGACGAGAUGAACUCUGAAGAGCAGCAGAACUUUAUUCGGCUGCAGAUGCUCCUGUCCCGAGCUGGUGAGGCAUCCGCAAGCCUUGGCAAAGCCAUCGACGAGUCACUGGGAGUAUGGAAAGAGUCUGACAUCACCUGCGCAGUGAUCAGCGUUCCUGAGGUGACGCUCACCACUGGAGACAGCAAGAAAGGUCAGGAGCAGUUCAUUCACCACUACUCCUCACAUCAAGUGCCGGUGGUGAUACUCAGGUUGCCGGCCCUCUUCACUUUGGCUCAGGAGUUUCACCAGAAGGUGAAGCAGUUGAUGGACGACUUCCGGGACAUAGCCAGCAUCUGGAACAAGGCGAUCGGGAAGCAAACUGCCAUGCCAAACGGUCACGGGGACGGCGCCCACAAGACGGGAGCAGCACGUGACAGUUUGGACAUGGAGGCUGCGCCGCAUUGA